GCUUUUUCUGACACUUACUUCAUUUCCUGUUAACAAUGGCGGAUGCAAGUAGCAAUAGCGACACUGGCUUUAUUUCAAGUAUUAUGUCUGAACUCUUUGGUAGUCCACUAAAUGUUGGAUUACUUUGUAUUUGUGUGGUUUUAUUGUAUAAGAUAAUUAAAGGAAAGGGGAGCAGUGAUCCUCCUCCUAAGAAACCCGAAUUACCAAAGAUGAAAAAGAGAGAUUUCACCUUGGAACAACUGCGUGAAUUUGAUGGAAAAGGUUCUGAAGGAAGAAUUCUGAUAGCUGUCAACGGGAAAGUGUUUGAUGUAACCCGUGGUAAAAGGUUUUAUGGACCAGGUUCUCCCUAUGGAGUUUUUGCUGGACGUGAUGCUUCCAGAGGAUUGGCAACAUUCUCCUUAACAGAGGAUGUCUUAAAAGAUGAAUAUGAUGACCUUUCUGACCUAACCAGCAUGCAAAUGGAAAGUGUUCGGGAAUGGGAAAUGCAGUUUACGGAAAAAUAUGAUUACAUUGGCCAGUUGUUAAAGCCAGGAGAGGUUCCACAUGAGUACACAGACACCGAGGAUGAAAUCACAGAGAAGUCUGAGGCGGAGAAGAAGACAGAUUGAAGUGACAGAUUGAAGUGCUGCCUUGGGUGUUCCACUGCCAUCUUAAGGCUCAGCUUGUUUUUCUGCAGCAUGUGUUUUCUUCAUUUUGAUUCAUAUAACUGUUUUAAGUGUAAUAUAGAGUUUACAGAAUACACUUAGUGACUGUAACACAGUUCAAAGAAAGUGUAUUGACAGCGAAUUGAGAAUGUUUGAAUUUGACAGUCAACAACGGAGUGAAAAGUUUGUGCAAACCAAUUAUUGUUAUAACCAUAGUGGCACAAGGUUUAUUAUAUUGUAAAAUAAGCACAUUAUAUGUAAGUGAUGAGCACAUGGUGCUAAAUUGUUAAUAUGUGUAGGUAUUGUUAUAGAUAAGAACAAGCAAAUUGUCAGAAAUAUUGCUGUUAUAACUAAACCUCAUCAUUUAUAUGUAAUGUAGUUUUGAUAUUGAUACAUGUAUAUAUGGCAAUAGUGGGAAGACAUGAAUUGAUGUUCAGUAUAAGGGUUGUAUGUGUUUCCUGGAUAUUUUCCUCUGACGUUUUGUGAAUGUCAUGGGUAAAGAAUUUGUUCCAUUCAAACGUUUCCUUAAAAUUCACCAUCUGAUAAGCAAGAAGACGGUGUAUAUGGUUAAGUUUGACAUCAUUUGAUCGUGGUUCAUUUUAUUUUGGUGUUACACACCAAUAGUCCAAGAAUAAAAAAGAGUUAAACUCUAUUACAGAAUAUUCUUUUUGAUUGAUAGACUUUGAAUAUACAUAUGAAGUCAAGAUUCAAGACUAUAAAACAAAUUAUGAGAAAUUUCACUUACACAAGGGAUGCAAUUCUUUUCCACCAUACUUAAUUUUGUCUCAAUAACAAUGUUUACCCUUGAGCAAAAGCUGCAUUUAAAAGCUUGUAUUGUGUCCCAGAUUUCAAAUUACAUGUAUAAGCUUUUUGACAAUGACACAGUUUUAACAGGAUGGAGAGCAAACAAGGGCCAAAAUUUUAUUAUUUUUGUUUAAUUUUUAUACUAAUUAGCUAUGACAUGGAAAAAAUUAUGACAAAUUUAUGAUCCAUUUAAAUAUUUUUCAAUUCUUAUUAAAUUUAUGGAGUUACAUCCCUUGUAUUCAAUUUAGAUAUUUGUUUAUAGCUGUGAAAUUUUUCUGGAGACAAGGAACAAGAAAAUUUCCGUUGCUGCAGUUACAUAAAGGUUGCACACAAUUUUUUCAUUCAACUAGACUAUCAAGUUUUAAACUGUUCUUGUGUGUACCAUUACCCACAUUAAAUCUUGAGUAUUGCCAAUACUUUUGAAAAUGCCUACAUGCAGUUGAUAAUGCUUCCAGGAAUGUACAUCUACAUCCUAGUCCAAAUAAUAUGAACAUAAUACAUUAUAUAGGAUGUUCUUGUUUAAGAUGAUAUCUUGUCAUAUGUUAAAAUAUUGAAGGAAAAGGGAUCUUUUGUCAGUUUUCCCACAUGUGAGUUACAGCUGAAUUGCCAUUGAUGAUCAAGGAAAGAACAUUUACCAGUUAUUUUUAUUAUGUUACAAAAUCAUUGGUUUAAAUUUUAAAUAAAAUAUAAUCACAAGAUCAUGAGUUUCUAUCAAGUGGAGACAAAUCUGGGUAGCAGUUUUCAUACAACACUCCUUACAUCAUUUUCAAAAAAUUUAUACAAAUUCUGCAGUUAUUUGUUGUACUAUUCAAUUUCAUUGCAAGUUUUUUCUCUCCAAAUUAUACAUUUUAUGAAAUGUACUUUUUAAAGAUCUAGCUAUAAUUUCAUUUUUGCAAACCAAAUUUUCUUCGUGUUGACACCUAAGGUAUGUUUGAUGUAUAUAUUGUGUCACAAUUGCUUUUCUCUGAACACUUGUGCAACAAGUUUUGGGCUUUUCUUUAAUAAAAAUCCCUGAAUCUGUUGUACAAGUAUUGAACUAGUAGUUAAUUAUCAAAAAUGACAAUGUACAAAGUAAAGUGCUUUUGGAGGGAAUAUUAAGGAGAUUAAAUAUGUUGACCUUAGCAUUGCCCAUUGUUGUCUAUGUUUAAGUUGUUGUCAUUCUUAUACUGUAAUCAUAGCAGACCAAAUAGAAAGUAAAGUAUCCCAGUAGUUGACUUUUAGAAAAAGUAUCUUCUUACUGUUAUCCAAAUAUAUAUAUAUAUACUUACUGUAUCAAAGGUGUUAUUUCAUGAUGUUUACAUUGAAACACUGUAUGAAGUUUUGUUACGACUUAUGUUCUGGCUGACACGAGUUAGCAACUCAACUUAAUUUUUUGUAAUCGAAGUUUUUCUGGCAUCCGUGUGUCAUCUUCCGAUUUUUUUUCUAGAACCACUGAAACAUUUUUUAAAUAAACUUAUCACAAUCUUCCUCUGGCAAAUUAGGGUACAGUAGUUUGUUGAAAUGAUAUAGGUCACAUCCAUUCAUAAAGGGGAAAUAAAUAAAAUAGGUAAAAAUAGAGUGAGAUCAUUUGAAAAUUUACUAUAGAACCACAGGACCAGAGAGGACAUACUUAUGUAAUAACGUUCUGGUGUAGUGUAGAAUUGAGUUUCAACAAACUGUUGCAUUCUGGGAACAGCGUUUACAGUCAAUAGAAGCACAAAGGUUAACAGGAUUUUACUGUGUUAAAUUGUAAUGUAGACUCAAUUCUGCUCAUCUGUCUUCUUGGUCCAGAAAUAAACACAAUUACUGGGGGCAAAUGGUUUAUAUGAAAGCAAUACAGGGGAAAAACUGUUAAGAUAUACAUGUAUUCUACCUUAAUCUCAACAACAUUACUGUAACAUGCAAAUAUUCUAGUGUACUUUAAAUUGAGGUUUUUCAACCAUGUCCCUUUCCACCAUGGUGGGAAAAUAAUAGGAAUGCAAAGAUGUGCACAUAAAAGUAUUUGAAAGAGUAUUAAAAAAAUCAAAAAGAUUAUCAUUUGUUAUUGAUAUGCACACACACUUAUGAAAUAUACAGUUUUCCAGUUGUAAACACUUGACUAAUUUAAGUGUUGGGUAAUAAUGUAGGGUCCAACAUUCACAAGAUUCAAAAGAUGACUUAGUUGAGCAUUGUGACCCAUGUGCCUCUUUCUAGCUUUCUGUAAUUUUUUGAAAAAUAUCUGUAUCAUGAUUUGUACAGAUUGUCAAUUAUUUUUCUUUAUUUUUCACAUUUGCUUUGUUGGUGAAUGCUCUUCAGUCAAAUGUACUAUGUACAACUGAUUGUGUUCAAUAAAAUCUAUUUUUGAA